AUAGAUUCAGCCCUUGUGCUGAUAAUCACAAUUCAUCUGUUCAAUGCUCCUUUCACAAAAGUCGAAGAAAGCUUCAACAUCCAGGCAAUUCAUGAUCUUUUAACUUAUGGGUUCGACAUUUCAAAAUUUGACCACACGGUGUUCCCAGGUGCUGUUCCUAGAACAUUUGUAGGCUCAUUGGCUUUAGCUUUUAUAAUCAAACCUGUUCAAUGGUUGAUUCAGUCUGAUAUAACUGAUUUAGAUGUCCAAGUAUUAGUUCGUGGUGCACUGGGUGUGAUUAAUGCGUUGGGUUUAAUCGCUUUGAAAGACUCAUUGUUGUUUCAACUGGAGAAAGAAGACAAGAAGGAUAAGGAAACCAAGCAAAACUACUUCUAUGUUGGUUAUUGGUAUAUUAUCUUUUUGGUUUCACAGUUCCAUAUAACAUUUUACUCUUCAAGAACUUUACCAAACUUUAUUGCCUUACCAUUGACAAACUAUGCAUUAUCAAAAGUUAUUAUUGGUGAUUACUUUGAAGCAAUUUCAACUCUAGCGUUCUCUACUGUUGUCUUUAGAAUCGAAUUACUCGCCUUAACCCUUUCAAUUGGAUUUGUUGGUUUAUUGUUCAAGAAGGUUUCAUUAUUCACAUUGGUUAAAUCAGCAAUUGCUGGUGGUGUCAUUGGUGUAGUUGUAAGUGGUGCAAUUGAUAGUUUCUUCUGGCAAAGGCUCACAAUCCCGGAAUUGGAAAGCUUUAUAUUUAAUGUUAUUGAUGGUAAAAGUGAAUUAUGGGGAACAGAACCAAUUUAUGCGUACUUCACCAAAUAUUUGUUAUUAAUUUUCCUUCCCCCAACUGUUCUUGCUCUACAAGGAUUUGGGUUGUUUAAUGAUCCAACAGCAACAAAAUCGUUGACAAUUUUAGGUAUUUCAUCAUUUUUGUAUGUGAGCAUUUUAUCAUUACAACCACACAAAGAAUGGAGAUUCAUUGUUUAUGUCGUUCCAGUUUUCACACUAGUUGGUGCUAAUGGUGCUUCAGUAAUCACAUCAAGAGCUUCAAAAUCACUAAUUUACAAGAUUAUAACUUUGAUAAUAGCUACAAGUACCUUGGUUUCGUUUGCUAUCUCUGUGGUUUGGUUAAGAGCUUCAUCAUUAAACUAUCCAGGUGGGUUUGCAUUGGAAGAAAUGAAUGGAAUUAUAUUAAGAACUCAAGAUUUUGAUAUGAAAUAUGAUAAUAUAUCAGUCCAUAUAGAUGUUCCUGCUUGCAUGACAGGUGUUACACUAUUUGGUGAGCUAAACCCAAUCCCUGGUGUUGAUAUUAGCUAUGACAAGACAGAAGAUCCUUUGGAAUUGGAGAACAUUUGGAGCCAUUUUGACUUUUUGAUAUCUGCAAAU